UCUUCCAAACUAAGGAUUUUCUAGCGCCAAACCUAAUCCUCCUGUCAACACUGGGAUUCCAGAGAGAGAAAGAGUGUGUGACAGAGAAAUGAAUGCUUCAAUGAGGAAAAAGGUUCAAAGGAAGUGUAAGAUAAGAGGCUACAAUCUCAAAGUCGAUGCUCUCGACGAGAUCCUCUCCUUCGCAUCUCGCUUCGAAGGCGACGAGGAUGAAGCAAUCGAUGUCCUCCUCAAAGAGCUUGAAAAAUCUCUGAAAUCCACCAUAAUCGACAAGGAGACAGUGCACCGUGUGGUGAGCCAACUGCUGGAAGUUGAGGCGGACAUGGAGGAUAGCUCCGAUGCUGGCACCAGCACCUCUUCCGCCAUUCGCGUUGUCGAUGCGUUUCUCGUCCCGAAGUAUAAAUACGACACUGUCAGAAAGCAGUUCUACGAGCAUACGGGCACCUUGUCUAUUCAUGGAGAAGCAUCUGCAAAAGCAGCUUUGUACAGGGAUAGGUUUCUGUUGUUGUCCCAGAGGCUCUCUCGUGACCAGCAUUUUUCCAAACCUGCUUUUGAAUCUGAAUUUUCUCAUUUCGGGAGUUGUGAGAUAUCUCCUAUUCAAUCUCUGGUUGGGCAAACAGGUAGAAAAUGGGUGAUGGGCGUAAUAUCUCAGCUGGAAGAUGGUCAUUACUAUUUGGAAGACCUUACAGCUGCAGUUAAAAUUAACUUGUCCAAUGCAAAGAUAACUACAGGACUUUUUUCAGAGAACACUAUAGUUGUGGUUGAAGGGGAGAUGCUCGUGGAGGGUAUUUUUCAGGUCUUAACAUGUGGAUUUCCUCCACUGGAGGAUAGAGAUAAGUCUCUGAAAGUACUUGCAGGGAAUGACUUUUUUGGUGGUGGUACUCUUACAAAAGAGGAAACUAUUAGACUGGAAGAGAUGGAGAAAAGAGCAGUAAAUGACAUGUUUGUCAUACUUUCUGAUGUUUGGCUAGACAGUGAAGAGGCUUUGACAAAGCUAGAGACUGUUCUGGAUGGUUUUGAGAGUGUGGAAGUGGUUCCUUCCUUAUUUGUUUUCAUGGGAAACUUCUGUUCUAGGCCAUGUAACCUUUCAUUUCAUUCUUAUUCGAGCCUCAGAAUGCAGUUUGGUAAGCUGGGGGAAAUGAUUGCUGCCCAUACACGGCUGAAAGAGCAGAGUCAAUUCCUGUUUAUCCCAGGUCCCGAUGAUGCAGGUCCUUCUACUGUUCUUCCUAGAUGUGCUCUACCAAAAUAUUUAACUGAAGAACUCCAAAAGCACAUACCCAAUGCAAUAUUUUCAAGCAACCCUUGCAGGGUCAAAUUUUAUACCCAAGAAAUUGUAUUUUUCCGCCAGGAUAUGCUGCAUAGAAUGCGUCGCUCAUGUUUGAUGUCUCCUUCUACGGAAGAAACUGAUGAUCAUUUUCAACAUCUUGUUGCUACCAUAACCCAUCAAAGUCAUCUCUGUCCACUGCCCCUUACUGUUCAACCUAUCAUUUGGAAUUAUGACCAUUGUCUUUAUCUUUAUCCAACUCCUCACACGAUAGUUUUGGGUGACAGAAGUCAGCAGAAAGCAUUCAAGUACACAGGAAUCACUUGUUUUAAUACUGGUUCCUUCUCAAUUGACAGCACGUUUGUGGCAUAUCGUCCCUGCUCUCAGGAAGUUGAAUUGUCAGCCUUGUAGUAAACUUGGCAUAAUUAGUGUUGGUCUCAUCCUCUUGUCAUUAGCAUCUGGGACAUGCUGGCUUUGCUAUUCUUCGUGAGAUAUGCAACCAUUAAUAAAGCUGGAAAUCUGGAAUUGUUUCCUUUUCCACUUGGGAAGAUUGAAUUCACAGCAGUAAGCUGGAAUUCUAUUGUAUCAUAUAAAUUACGUUGUUAACCAGGCAAAAUUGUUGUAUGGUAGGUAUCUGCUAAUCUAGAUCUAGUUGAAGCUGUGAAUUUUUUAUGUAGAUAGAUACUUCUUGUUAGUGCAUAGUACAGAAGAUGUGUUUUAUAUAUAUAGACUUAGCUACGAUAUGUAAUUGUUGAAUUAUCAACCAGUUAGUUCAUGAUUUCACAGGCAUAGCUUGUUAACAGACUCAUCAA